GAAAACAGAGAGAAGAAAACAGAGAGGAACCCUUCUUCCAUGGCCAAAUCGGACCAGGAGAGAGAGCCGGAGGAUACCAAAGACUCACCGCCGGCGACGGCGGCGUGGGGGACAUGGGAGGAGCUUCUCCUGGCCUACGCCGUCAAUCGUUACGGCACCAAGAGCUGGGACUCUAUAUCCUCCGAGUUACGAAAACGGAGCUCCGCCCCGAUCCUUCUCACUCCUCAUCAUUGUGAAGAGAAAUACGGUGAACUCAAACGCCGUUUCAACCAAUCUGACGACGACGAUGUCGAUAUGGAUGACGGCAGUGACAAUACCACCACUGCUAUUCCUUGGCUGGAGGAAUUGAGGAAACUCCGGGUCCUAGAACUGCAGCGAGAACUAGAAAAUUACGAUCUAUACAUCUCGUCUUUGCAAUUGAAGGUGAAGAAAUUGACGGAGGAGAGUGAAAAAAACGGUGGAGAGACGAAGAAGAAGGCGGAUUUAGGGCAACGAAAUGAAGAGAUUGAAUUAAAAAAGGCGGAAGAAGCGAAGAACGAGACACCGGAGCCGGUGGUUUCCGGCGACGAGGAUUCCGACAGGGACAACCAGUCGGUGAACGGAUCGAACGGAAACCUAGAAACCGGUGUGGAGAAGUCGGAAAACGAAAAUGAAAACGAAGCGAGUCCGGGGGACGAGAAGCCUGAAUCGGCGGCGCUUUCACCCGUUCGUGAGGAGGAUUCGUGUAACGGUAGACCGGAUGGCAAAGAACCGGUGAAAACCGAACCGGAUGGUGAAGCGAGCGAGGCGCCCGAGUCAAUAGCCGAGUCGAAAAGUGAGGGAACAAUGAAAGAGAAUUCAGAUGUGCAAAGCUCGGCUAGCAAGUCGAGGAAGGAGAGAGUUGAUAGGGUGCGACGUGGGACCAGCAAAGAAGAUGAACGUGAGAUCGAGGAUCAAUCCACAGAUAGUAUUCCUGUUAGAUCCUUGCCGUUGGUUGAUUUCUUGCACAAACUUCAGAAGCUCGGCUCGCCGAUCUUCGAGCGUCGGCUCGAUAGACAGGAAAAACUAAGGUACAAGAACUUGAUUAGGCAACACAUUGAUUACGAGAUACUACAAACAAGGCUAAAAGAAGGCUGGUAUUCCGAUGGCAACGACAGAUUCUUCCGAGAUCUUCUGCUUCUCGUCAACAACACACGAAUAUUCUUCCCCAAAGAAUCCCCCGAAUCCGCUUCUGCAAUGGAGCUUCGACAACUUGUCCUAAAGGAGAUGAUGUCGAAGAAAAAACAGAAAACCGAUGCAAAAUUAACCGAGAAACAAACUUCAUCCAAAUCCACAAACUUGCCUCCAAAACGAGCUGCUGAACCACCUGAUUCCUUGCUUUUGAAACCCAAAUUAUCUGGCCCCAUUAUUGUUUGUCGAAAAAGAAGCUCAAUAACAGCUAAAGCAGCGGGAUCGUCCUCUGGGGCUGAUCGGAGAAAGGAGCAGCAAACAGAGGUGAAAAACUCCGAGAAGGUGAUUGAGGAAACCCGAGACACACCAAAGAGAUCCAGAGAUGGGUUCCCUUUGAUUUCAAAGAAAAAGGGGAAGAACAUUCGUGGGAAUACUUCGGAAGUGAACUCGAAUCAAGAUCAGGCGAAAACACCUGCCAAUGAUGCUUCAGACUCCAAAAGCGAUAAAAAGAAGAAGCUAACGGAAGCAGAGGAGAAGAAGCAAAGUGCAGCCAAGUUUUUGAACCGAAUGAAACGAACCUCAUCGGCCUCAAACAAUGAGCCGUUGCUUAACACAUUGAAAAGCACGGGAGGUGGUGGUAGUGGAGGUGGUGGUGGUGGUUCAGAGAACGACGGGAAAGGAGGAGGAGGAGGAGAGCAGAAGAAAGGUGGCGGUGUGAAGGGCGGUGGUGGAGACGGGAAGAAAGAUCAAGCAAAGAAAGGCUCGGGUGGACGCCAGGUAAAAGAACAAGGCAGUCCUGCGAAGAGGAGCGUCGGGCGACCACCAAAGAGAGCGGCGGCACCACCUCCAAUGGCAGCGACUUUGGGCAAACGGAAUCGUGAUUCCGGUGAGUCGGAGACGUUGGGCUCAAAACAAACGAAGAAAAGAUCAAAGAGGUUUUCAGGUCAGCUUAUGCGUAACAACUAAACCUCGGAUGACUAAGAAUGCUUAGAGUCA